UUUUGCAUAUAUAAAUAAAGUACUAAAUAUGCAUUCACAAAGGUUACCACGUAUCCUUGCACAAGCUGUCAUAUCACAAAAUGUUUUCUGGGCUAACGAGUGGACACUUAUCAGUCGAUCCCUACAAUUUAUACCUGAAAAUAACAAUAACCCUCUUUGUACAUACAGUAAUAUAAUAGUUGAGCUAAUGAAAACAAAAGAACACGAAUAUUCAACUCGUGCUACUUGCCUGCUUAUGAAAGUGAGAUGUGGUUUACUUAAUUUAAAUGGAAGAGCUUACUGUACAAAUAUAGAUACCAGCUGUACUAUGUGUAAUUUAGAUGAAGUGGAGAACACCUACCACUUUAUAGGUGUUUGUCCAAUUUAUAAAGACAUUAGGAAAUACUUCUUUGGGAAAAUUCACCUUUACUUAUACGAAGUUCUAAAUUUACUAAAUGGCUCUAAUUUUUAUUCUCUCUAUAAAUAUACUGAAUCAGCAUUAAGGUAUCGUAUGUUAAUUGCAAAUGAAUUCAAUGCAUAG